GCCCCCCCCCCCCAAUUCAGCUGGGGCUGCCCCUAUGGGACGUGUCUCUGGUGCCACUAGGGAAUGGGGUUAUAGGGGGUCAUUUCUAUCAGUGGAGACGUCUGGAGGGGACACUGGGCAGGUCACAUGAUGAGGAAGUUGCCGGGAUACACACACACAUGCUUUCCACAUGGAGACAAUCUCCUCUCUGCUAUUGGCUGCUCUGCCACUAGGCGGGUUUGUCUGGAGCCCACAUAGCCAAUCAUCUUAGAACUGGCUCUCUCAUGUCACUUGUUGCUGAGGUUCAAGGGCUGGGGGGCGUGUCCUGUGUCUGAUGAUGUCAUCUGUUCUCUUUUUAAAGUGCAGGGCAGAUUAACCCUUCCUGGUCUGUUCAUAAAGAUUCAUAAGAAUUAAAUGACCAACCCCCCUGCAGACUUCAACAGUUCAACUACAACUCUCAGAAUCUCAGGGAAAUUGUAGUUGAAAGGCCACAGCUUGGACAUUGGGCUAAAGUCCAAUUUGUUUAAGUGCAACUCCCAGCACCCCGUGACCACCAAUGGGAGUUGCAGUUCCAGAAAAGCUGACUGUAAUGUCAUGUUACUACUUUACAGUGGGUGACAUUAUUGGUGACAUUUGUAGCUUCCCCCCAGGAAGUAAGUGGUGCAACAGAAAACUCCUUCCCCUCUGUACACAAAGGGUCAGAUGAAAUGGCUUUUCAGAUUUAGCUCAUUUGAAUUUUAACGAAGAAAUUUUGAGCAGCUUUCCAAUAGACAUUCAUUAUAAUUGUGUCACUGCUAUGGCUGUGUCUGUCUGACUCUGUCUUUUCUCUGCACUGUUGGUUCUGCCUCUUGAAACAAUGUAGCAGAAGUCAGUUCAUGUGCAGGUCUGAUUCACAGACCCGAGUUGGGAGCUGUUGGUUACAGUGGCUGAUGCUGUGGCACUGAGUGAGUUAACAGAUGACAUCAUUGCAGAGACUGGGGCAAAAGACUACAUUUCCCAGCAGCGCUUGCAGCUUAUAAGUCCGUCCCUUUCUCUCUGCAGUGAGAUGGUAAAUAAAGUCAGUGCAGCCUGAGAGCUGACUGUGCCCCUGACUCCAGCACUCGGUGGAAAAAAACUCCUUUUCCCUUAAUUUUUCCUUUUGCUUUUUCAAUGCAGUUUGUCCUUUAAGCCUGACGGUGGCCCCAGGGCCCUGUACAGCUGCAGAACAGGGGGGCCCCUUGCCUUAUUUUGUUGUUAAAUCCAGGGGUUUCAUUACUCUGCACCCCCAGACUUUACAUUUCUUUUCUUUUAUGAAACAAAGAGAUUUGGGGGUCAUUUUUGAAAGUAUUUCUGUACCUGGAGGAGUGGAGAUAUUUUUGGGUGACUGGAGGGGACGAUGGACCUGGUGCGAAUGUUAAAUAUCCAGCGCUUGCUGGAGGCGGCCGAAUUCCUGGAGAGAAGGGACACAGAGUGUGAGCAUGGUUACGCCUCGACCUUCCCUUCUCCCGAGAGUUCUGACCCAUUGACAUUAAAGCAGAAGAGGAUAAAGUCAAAGAGAUUUGGUGCUUUUGGCAUUAACAAUAGAUCAACGCACAAUGAACUGGAGAAGAACAGGAGAGCCCACUUGCGCCUGUGUUUGGAGAGGUUAAAGGACCUGAUCCCCCUGGAGUCGGACAGCACCCGGCACACAACUCUGGGGCUGCUCAACAAGGCAAAGCUCCAUAUUAAGAAACUUGAAGAGACGUCCCGGCGCGGGCAGCACCAGCUGGAGGUUCUAGAGCGGGAGCAGAGGUUCCUGAAGAGAAGACUGGAGCAGCUCCAGGGCUGCACCGAAUCGGAGCGAGUGCGGUCGGACAGUAUCGGAUCCCGCGCUUCCACCGACACAUCCGACUCUGAGAGAGAGGAUAUUGAAGUGGACGUUGAGAGCACAGAAUUGGGCAGCAGAACCAGUAGCACCAGUAUCAGUGACCUGGAUGACCACAGCAGCAUCCAAAGCUUGGGCAGCGACGAGGGCUACUCCAGCACCAGCAUCAAGUUGUCUUUCAGCUCGUAGAGUCCGGAGCCAGGGAGUCCACUUACUGUCUGGGAUCUUCACUGCUCAAUGGGACCAAAAGCUCUGGCUCAUGUUCCCCCCACCCCAGCACAGGCCUUCACUGGGGGGUCACACAAGUAACAACACCAGGGGGUUUAGACGGUUCUGUAAUGGGAAUCACAAACUUGGCCAAACUUAUCUUGGAAGUGACCAGUCCAUGUUUGUGUUGCUGCUAAAAGGAAACAAAAAUCAUGGACCCGUCGGCUGGUCUCACUGUGAAGAGUUUGGUUCUACCCCUCUACGUAUCUGGUGCUGCUCAGCAGGCCCGUCCCACACGUGGCAGCUAAACCAACAUGGAUUCCGCACUCUGUGGACCAAUUACAAACGUCUCCUGUGUCUUUUUAAAGAUUUCAUUUGUCUUCUGGUCGGCAAAAAAGUGGUUCCCCCCGAGAUCCAAUUGGGUUCCUUUAGGUUUAAAAAGGACGGUGCUGUUUAGUAUGGAUCUCUAACAAGGACCAUGCCACAAAUCCCAUCAUGCAGCUCUUUGGGGCAUGCUGGGAGCUGUAGUCCGCUGACAGUAACUGCACAAAUACCCACACGGAUUUGCCGGAUGGACUUCCAGAACACAGGGGGAUCCGGGUAUUUCCAGGUCUCCCUGUAACACUCCCUUAAAUUAUUUUUGCAGAUAAGAGUAUUUUUAAUGUGAGAAGAUGGAAUAUUAUAUAAUUAGUGACAUCACGGUGACAAUUGGUGCCUUUAAUCCCCGUUUCCUUUCUUCUUUGUAUUCCCUUUAUAAUUUAUUGUUACAUUUGUUGUGUGAUACAAGGUUUCCCCUUCUGCCUUCCCAGAACCCCCUGCCAGUGGUGCAGAAUGAGGCGGGGCUUCUGAUCCUGUCUUACAGGCGGGAGACUCGGGACACAAAGCCCUAGACUAUUUCAGGGGAUCAUUCUCAGUUGCUAUGGCAGCCCCAUGCAGCACAAGACCCUGCCCCUUAUUAGGUGUAGCGAUAGGUGAAUUUUGUCGCCUUGUUACGCCAAAAAAAAUGACGCCCAUAGACUUGUACGGCGUUGUGCGUCCAAAAAAUUUCGCCGCGCGACAAUUUUUUUGAUGCCCAUAGACUUUAAUGGGCAUCAGCAACAUUUUGCCGGCGGCAAAUUUUGGGGAAACGAAACGAGUCAAAUUCGCCCAUCCCUAAUUAGGUUUAGUAUAUGUGGGUGCGCACCUGCAGUUCUAUAUACCUGUCUUGUACACAAGGCCAUUUUUGUAAGUUGUCACAUGAUGUGUAAGCUCCGCCUCCUACUGUGCAGUGAGAGCAGUUUUAACACCAAAUGGGGCUCAACUUGUACCAUUAGAGCUGAGCCACCCAACUGUCAUUCUGUGCCACCAGUCUGAGUGCUGGUUGCCAUGUGACUCUGUGCAGGCGCUGUGAUUGGUUAUUCCAGUUGUGGCCCCUGCGCAGGAGCAGAAAUGUCCUGAUUCACCAUUAACCCUUUCUAAUCUAGUUGCCUUUAUUUAACCCAAUCACUGCUCCCUAAAUCAAUCCUCGAUCAAGCUGGGGGGCAGUUAGAGCUCCCACCUCUAAUUAUUAACCACAUCCUUUCAGUGAACCUCAGGGAGAGGGGGAAUCUCGUAGCUAAAUAGUGUAAUUCCCUCUCUGUGUAUGGGCAGUGGAUAGAGCACCCUCUAGUGGGCAUAUUACUACCUAAAAUCAGCUCUAUGGCAGCUCCUGCCCACACUGUAAAGAAGAGCCAGUCUAUGCUGGUGCCCCAGUAACGUAUAUAUUGCCUGAGGUCCAUGGAAAUCACUUUAAGGGCAAAUCUAAAAGGGACAUUCCACUUAAUUUAUAUUGCACAGGGCAGUUUUGUAAGGCUGCUGGCUGUUCGGCAUAAAGGUAAAGUCCACCCAGACACUUCUUUCUUCCAUAUUGAAAUGUAAUUCUGCACUCUGUGUUUGGGUGGACUUCCCCUUUAAUCUGUUACAAACCAUAAAUGACACAGAAGCCCCUGUUACAGCUGCCCUGCACUGGCUUCUGGGAAUUGUAGUCUAAAUAAAGCAGCAAGGCAUCUCAGUGAUUGUGUCUCUGCACCUUAAACCAACCCACUGGCAUUUGCUGACUCCGCCUUUCCCACACCCACCGUUAUCUCCUUAAUUAUUAAACUAAGAGUUAAUUUAAUGCAAACACUAAAUUAUUAUUCACUAUUUUAUUAUGUUAUUUCUGACGCUAAUAAAAUCAUCCAUAAAAUGG